AUGCUAGAAGGCGGUGUGGGAUAUUCGUUUCAAAUGCCUAUAUGCGAUGAAUGUUGGUUGCAGGAAAUUUCAAAUGCAUGGAUUCGUCAAAAAGCAUUGGAACAAAAUCUCCCCGCACAUGUUGCUAAUUCUACAACUGGGAAAAUUUUCACUUUUGGUUCAUAUCGUUUAGGUGUCAAUUUCAGGGGUGCCGAUAUUGAUUCUUUACUGGUCGUCCCACGGUUUAUAACACGCGAGGAGUUUUUCAGUGAUUUUCAGACUGUAUUAGCGGAAAAUUCUAAUGUGGAAGACUUACACGCUGUUGUGGAUGCCUUUGUUCCUGUACUUAAAAUGAAAUUUAUGGGAGUUGAAAUCGACCUUUUAUUUGCUCAAAUUGAUCAAAUGUCUAUACCGGAAAACUUCAGUCUUUGUGAAAACACAGAGGUGCUCAUGAGGAAUAUGGAUGAAAGAGAUGUGCGCAGUAUUAAUGGUGUUCGUGUCACAGAGGACAUUCUCAAUCUUGUGUACAAUAAAAAUUCUUUUAAAGUAGCCCUAAAGGUUAUACGAAUCUGGGCUAAGCGUCGGAAUGUCUAUUCAAAUGCAUUGGGGUUCCUCGGUGGCGUGUCUUGGGCAAUUUUAGUUUCUCGAAUUUGCCAACUUUAUCCGUACGCUACGCCAUCCAUGAUUGUCUAUCUAUUUUUUACCAUAUUCAGUCAAUGGCCUUGGCCGAAACCUGUUAGGUUGCGGGAGUGUGAGUAUAUUGCAAGUUUGUGCUUACCUGUCUGGGAUCCGAGACUUAAUCCUUCUGAUCAAUAUCACUUGAUGCCUAUAUUGACUCCAAGUUACCCAUCCAAAAUUCAACGUACAAUGUACAGCGAAGUAAUCGCAUUAUUAUUGAAAGGGAAUUAAAACAAGGUAGGUUUCAUUGCAUUUUGUUUUUUGUAUCUUAAUUUGUAGAAGCCAAGUGUUUGGUUAUUUUUUAUUAUAGGCCAGAUUAAAUAACAAACCUUCCAAUACCCUUCAUGGUUAAAUGUAUUGUCUGUUACCUCAUCCUCUGUCUUGUGUGGAGUGGUUAUGAUUAGUUUGUCAGUGAAAGUUACCAAAAGCACUAUUCUUGUCAACAGUCCUUAAAAAUAACUCGCUUUAUACGAUUUCUGGUCGUAUCUAUUUAAGGUAAAUUGUUCAAAAAUUCAUCUAAAUCUCCAUAUUUUUCAAAUAUACUUUAAAGUGCUCUAGUCGUCUCAAUUAUGGGAGUUAUUUUAUCAUUUGGUCUCUCUACUCGAACACAACUGGUU